AUGUUUUCCAAAACACUAUCAGAAGUCCUAUACUCGUAUUUCCAAAUUAACGACACCCCAGAUGUACACCCGACCACUGUGUGGCAAGCACAUAAAGUGGUCAUUCAAGGCCUCAUUAUCAGUCGAGCUUCCUAUCUGAAAAAGAAAACACAACAAGAACAUCUACAUCUGCUGCGCACACUAAGAGACACGACGACAGCGAACAUACCAAACCUGACACCACAACUAGCACAGGUAUUACAAGACACCACAACACGCAUCAACAACAUAGCACUCUCCAAAACCACGCAUAUAUUACACAAACUGAAACAGAAAACAUACUCACAAGGCAACAAAGCUGGAAAGCACUUAGCGACUCUACUAAGACAAAAACAAUCCAGCACCAAAAUUCCAUACUUACUCACACCUAAAGGCUCCAAAAUCCACAACCCACAGGACAUCAACGACACCAUGGCAACUUAUUACCACACACUAUACAAGCUCAAAGAUAAUCCUAGCCUACACCAACGCACACCCCAGGAAAUUCAAGAUUUCCUCUAA